GUACGACUAACUUCUAUGACGUCGACACACAUUCCUGCUGACCCAGAGCAACUAGGGGAUAAUCCCCGGCUGAUCCUCAUACGAAGCCAGCAAAGCCAACGGGUUAAGGUUUCGUCGAUUCGAGGGGGUAGAAGAAAUGGUAUAAAACUGCUGCCUGAUCAGCGGUAUCAAGGAGAGGGGCUGGCAGACGGAGUGACCAACAUGUCCAACGACACUAUUCAUUGGGAGGCAAGAUACCUACCAGCAGGACCACCACGUUUGCUGGGAUGGAAUGUUCCUGCCGAAGAAUUAGUCCAUAUACCGGAACAUUGGCUGGUCCAUCCCGAGCCGAACCCCUCCCUUCAUUAUCUAUUAGCCCUCUUGUAUAUCCUUUUUACUUUCCUUGCUUUACUUGGCAAUGGCUUGGUAAUAUGGAUAUUUUGCGCUGCCAAAUCAUUAAGGACGCCUUCGAAUAUGUUCGUUGUGAAUCUAGCGAUUUGCGAUUUCUUUAUGAUGAUCAAGACGCCUAUCUUCAUAUACAAUUCUUUUAACACCGGUUUUGCUCUGGGACAUUUAGGAUGUCAAAUAUUCGCGGUCAUCGGUUCCCUAAGUGGAAUUGGGGCCGCGAUAACGAAUGCAGCUAUAGCAUACGACAGAUAUAGUACAAUUGCAAGACCGUUGGAUGGCAAGCUAUCUCGUGGACAAGUGAUUUUGUUUAUCGUCCUAAUUUGGACGUACACCAUACCAUGGGCGUUGAUGCCUGUAAUGGGAGUAUGGGGACGUUUUGUACCGGAAGGCUUUCUUACCAGUUGCAGUUUCGACUAUUUGACCGACACUAAUGAAAUACGAACAUUUGUUGCUGUCAUAUUUACUUUCUCCUACUGCAUUCCAAUGAUGCUUAUAAUUUACUACUAUUCUCAGAUUGUUAGCCACGUCGUAAAUCACGAGAAAGCGCUUCGAGAACAGGCAAAGAAGAUGAACGUGGACAGUUUACGGAGUAACGCGAACACAAAUUCUCAAAGCGCUGAGAUACGUAUAGCAAAGGCUGCCAUUACGAUUUGCUUUCUAUUCGUCCUCUCAUGGACUCCGUAUGGCGUGAUGGCAAUGAUCGGUGCGUUUGGCAAUAAAGCACUGUUAACACCUGGUGUCACGAUGAUACCUGCGUGCACAUGUAAAGGUGUUGCUUGUUUGGAUCCAUACGUAUACGCUAUAAGCCAUCCGAGAUACAGAUUGGAACUGCAAAAACGAUUACCGUGGCUGGAGCUACAAGAGAAGCCGAUAUCCGACUCGCAAAGCACCACAACCGAGACGGUAAAUCCAGCACCGGCCUCGAGUUAAGCUUCCAUCGAAACGUCUCUUCUUCGAGAACAAAAGAUAGCAAUGUAUUCGGCCCUUGCUCGAUACUUUGUUCCCACCCUGUUGAACAUACGCGGUUCUUGUAUAGCGAAAGCAAUAAAGUAAUUUCCUUGCAUAAGCAAUAAUCGCCCUCGAUGUAAUUUACAUAUACAUAAUGUACAUACAUAUUAUAUUAUAUACAAAUACAUGCAUAUAUAUGUAUA